UGGUGAAGCGCCUGGAACUGCAUCCUCUGCAUCUACACCGCAUCCCUGUCCUCCUGCGACUGCGUCCUGCCGCAACUGCCUGCUGGGACAAGGACCAUCAUCCACCAUGGUGAAGCUAGGCUGCAGCUUCUCAGGGAAGCCAGGCAAGGAAACAGGAGACCAGGAUGGGGCUACCAUGGACAGCGUCCCUCUGAUCAGCCCCCUGGAUGUCACCCAGCUUCAGCCCUCAUUCUCAGAUCAGGUGGUCAUCAAAACACAGACAGAAUAUCAACUUACCUCUGCAGACCAGCCAAAGAAGUUUACAGAUCUGGAGGCUCAGAGGCUGGCUUGCAGUCACUCAGAGGAAGGACGCAGACUGCCCACCGCAAGGAUGAUUGCUUUCGCUCUGGCACUGCUGGGCUGUGUGCUGAUCAUGUACAAGGCCAUCUGGUAUGACCAGUUCACCUGCCCAGAUGGCUUCCUACUUCGGCACAAGAUCUGCACUCCACUGACUCUGGAGAUGUACUACACCGAGAUGGACCCUGAACGCCACCGCAGCAUCCUGGCAGCCAUCGGAGCCUACCCACUAAGCCGCAAACACGGCACUGAGAUGCCCGCUGUCUGGGGAAACAACUACCGGGCCGCCAAGGAGGAGCAUAAGGGCACCACCCCUGCGGUAAUGGCUGUGUCCACUGCAGCAGCAGCUGCAGAGGGCACCGAGCCGUCAGGGAAGUCUUUGGACACGAGAGAGAAAGAAGACCCGCAGAAGGCAGAGGGCGUGCCAUCCCAGCCCCCCAAGUAACUGUCUGCCAUGUCCCCGCUCCGCUCGUGAUUCGGCAUCUUCCCCUCACCAGCUACUUUGACAUGCACACUGCCUGAUGCUUCUCCACCCAGUGAUUGUGCUCCUGUCCCAAAGCAACCCUCUCAAGUCUGCCACCCCUUGUGGACCUCUGACUCUGUUGCUUUUCUUUAAAUAAAGAUUCACAUCUAUCUGGG